AAGAAAUCGAAGAAGAAAAAAACCUUGUGUCAGUGAGUUCAUAACAUCGCUGCUGAGAGGCGAUAAAGCAACAUGUCUCGGCACAGAAAUGUCAGAGGUUAUAACUACGAUGAAGACUUUGAGGAUGAUGACAUAUACGGGCAUUCUGUUGAUGAUGACUACUGUAUAUCACCAGCAACAGCAGCCCAGUUUAUCUACUCCCGCCAAGAAAGGCAAGCGCCUAAAGUGGAGCCAUUAGAGGAGGAGGAAGGUGAAGAUGAGGAUAUGCCAAUGUCCCCAUCCAUCAGCCACAACCUUAACCCUAUUGAUCAAGCUAAAAUGUAUUCAUGUCUGGAUUAUAUGCGGACUGUGCUGGGAGAGGCAGUGCCAGACUCAGCCCUGAGCCAGGCAGCCAUAACAUCUGGAUUCGACCCACAGAAGGCUCUGGAUUCAGUCCUGUCUGAAGACACUCAAACAGCCCCAGUUACACGCACCGUUGAAGAGAUGCCAACAGUCCCGCAAGCCACCCAGGAGAGCACAGAACUUCCACAACGAGUCAAACGAGAGGCCAAGGCUGCUACACUCUCAGGGAAAGCUCUAAACGGAGACGUGACUCAGAAUAAGCUGGAAUCCGAAGUGGCACCAAAACUGGCCCGCAUGACUGUGUCGGGCAAGAAGCAAACUAUGGGCUUUGACAUCCCCAGCACAGGGGAGAAUGGUGGUGCUGCCGGUCCAGUUCGCCGAGGCGCCAGCCCUGAGAAUGUCACUGCGAUGCCGUCCAUAGAGUUAGCUUCAAAACGUCCCGAGACGCCGUCUAAAGGGUGGAACGGAGACGAGCCCUCCUCAGUUCCCACUCCAAACCGCACCUCCGGAAAAGCCAGACAGGCCAUCGAUGUCAAGGUUGAACUGGAGAAGAGACAAGGGGGCAAACUUCUGUUAAAUUUAGUGGUUAUAGGUCACGUUGAUGCAGGAAAGAGCACACUGAUGGGUCACCUUCUCUACCGGCUGGGCAACGUCAACAAGCGCACAAUGCACAAGUACGAGCAGGAGUCAAAGAAGGCAGGAAAGGCCUCCUUCUCUUUCGCUUGGGUUCUGGAUGAAACAGACGAGGAGAGGGACAGAGGUGUCACAAUGGAUGUUGGCAUGACCAAGUUUGAGACACCGUCAAAGGUGGUGACUUUAAUGGAUGCACCAGGACACAAAGACUUUAUCCCCAACAUGUUCACGGGUGCAGCACAGGCUGACGUGGCCGUGCUCGUGGUGGACGCCAGCCGAGGAGAGUUCGAGGCCGGCUUCGAGUCAGGCGGCCAGACCAGAGAGCACGCCCUUCUGGUCCGAUCGCUCGGAGUCACUCAGUUAGCUGUGGCCGUCAACAAGAUGGACCAGGUGAACUGGCAACAGGAGCGUUUCCAGGAAAUCGCCUCAAAACUCGGCCACUUUCUCAAACAAGCAGGAUUUAAGGAGUCUGAUGUUUUCUACGUCCCCACCAGCGGGCUGUCGGGAGAAAACCUAACAACCAGGAGUUCACUUUCACAGCUCACCUCCUGGUACUCUGGUCCCAGCCUGCUGGAGCAGAUCGAUGCCUUCAAAGCCCCUCAGAGGUCUAUAGACAAGCCGUUCAGACUGUGCGUCGCUGACGUGUUCAAAGACCAGGGUUCAGGCUUCUGUGUGACGGGGAAGAUCGAGGCCGGUUACGUUCAGACUGCAGACAAACUUCUAGCGAUGCCUCCCAAUGAAACGUGUACUGUCAAAGGGAUCACUCUGCACGACGAAGCUGUGGACUGGGCUGCAGCAGGAAACCACGUCAGCUUGACGGUGACGGGAAUGGACAUCAUCAAGAUCAACGUGGGCUGUGUGUUCUGUUGUCCCAAGGAGCCCAUUCGAGCCUGCACUCGAUUCAGAGCCCGAAUCCUUAUUUUUAAUAUCGAGGUCCCCAUCACACAAGGCUUCCCUGUAUUGUUGCAUUACCAGACUGUCAGAGAGCCGGCCACCAUCAAAAAGUUGAUCAGCAUUCUACACAAGAGCAGUGGUGACGUCCUCACGAAGAAACCUAAAUGUUUGAUGAAGGGUAUGAAUGCCAUCGUGGAGAUCCAGACCCAGCGGCCGGUGUCAUUAGAACUCUACAAGGACUACAAGGAACUGGGCCGCUUCAUGCUGCGCUACGUGGGCUCCACCAUGGCUGCCGGGAUGGUCACCGAGAUUAAAGGAUGAUGAUUGUUUCCACUGAGACGGCGCGAGUAGGAGCCGACUCUGCAGGCGGCAUGCAGCCAGAGACAAAGUGCAAUUCUUCGAGAUGUCGUUCAUGGACUUGGAGCGUCACAUUCGUCCACACUAAAAGUGCAAAUGCCACCAAAAUAUCAGGACGUUUCUCUGCUUUGGUGCCAAGCUACAGGAGAAACCAGCCAGCUGCCCCGCCUAAGAUUCGGCUGCUAAGUAGCAAAACAUUUACAAAUUGUGUUUGAUUUAUUUUAACCAGCCUGUUGCACUCGGUUAUGUCACGCUGAGAUGUUCAUAGCAACUGCAAAAAUGAACUCUGUCCUCUGUGAAGGCAGAACUCCUCUCCAGCAGACAGUCUAACUGGACAUUCACCCUGGUGUAAGGACUGUAUCUGUUGAGCGCUGGACUCUGCAGGUGUUUUGAAGAGACUGCAGUUCCUCCCUUAUUUAAAAUUUAGUUCAUAUCUGGAUGUAUCAUUCUUGUUUAUAUCAUUUGUUUUUCAUCAUAGAAAAUUAUUUUUCCACCAACUCAGCAGAUGACCUGAAGUGGCUUGAAGCAGCAACCAUCACUGCAUAGCAAAGCUUAGUAGAAAUCGGCAGAAUUCAGGACAAAGCCAACAUGUCCUUGGCGCCAGUGACCCACCUUUGGCAAAUUAGAUUGGGCAGUUUCAGAAUCCACCUCCAUGUUCAUGCCAGAUUUGGUUCAAGUGUGAGUGGAAAAUGAAAAUUUUGGCAUUUGUCACCAAUUAUUGAUCUUUGGUAAGUUUGAGCUUGCCAAGACAAUACCAGAACCCCUUGGACUUUUAUCACAUUUUAAUUGCUUUAUGCUAAUUUGAAAAAUGAAAAAAAAAAAAGGGAAUUUGUUAAUGUUAAAUUUCUAAAAUGAUCCUCUUUAAACUCUGAAAACAAAUCUCUAUAAGGUGAUACAAAAUAUCAAACCACCAAUGAUGGGUUGGAUAAGUAAUGGAACCCUUUAGUAUAACACACUAAAAAAAAAUUUAAAUUCAAAAUUAUGCAAAGAAAUUAAAAUGUGCAAAAUCCCCAGGGUGUGUAUAUUUUCUAUACCAACUGUAUGUACCUAUCUUGGUGGACAUUGGAUUGAAAAAUUUAAAUAGACCUUUGAAUCCAAUGAGCUUUGCCCUAACAAACACACAAUGUGUCUCAAAUUAUUGUAUGCUAAAGUUUGCAGCCAAAAACUGUGUACACACGAAUGUAAAAAAAAACAAACCUAAUUUUCAGGUGCUGAACAAAUAACCUCUUUCUGUGUGCAUGUUACUUUAAGUGGAAUGGAGCUGCUACUAGCAACGCCCCCCUCUGACAAGUAAGAGGAGACGUAGGAGUGAUGGAGGGCGGUGUGUGUGGGUGUGUCACACAGAGCAGGGAGGAGUUUAGACUUUAGUUUCAUAUGUCACGGAAGUCCAAGACCAGCCUUGUAGCGGUUGAAAUUGGACACCUGAAGUUCAGCAUCUGGAAUUACAAUAUAGCUUUUGAAAUCUACACUGAACAAAAUUACACCCACUGCCUGCAUGAAGUGUCACAAAUGAAUCAAAAUGAGUCUGCUGGAACACAUCAGCCAAGUUAAAUUUAUUCAUGUUUGGUUACUUCAAAUUAUUUUUACAAAGUGGCGUUUCAGCGCAAAGCACCAGGUGUUUUUGAAGGGCUGAUCUCUAUUUUUGUUUCAAUUUUUUUGGACAAAGACUCUGUGGAGCUGUAUUCAUUUCUCCUGUGUGUUAAAUCAGACAAGUUGAUGCUGAUGGUGUGAAGGACAUUAAAUGAACAUGGCAACAGUA